UCUACGAAUUCUUAAUCGGAGAACCCCCACAAAGAUGGUUAUCUGCAAUGACCCUAAGUACCUGGCAUAAAGAAGUUUCACAAAUUGAGACUGAAGCUGGAAUAUAUAAGGCUUCACAAUAUUCACAGUAUGGAAUCCUUGUGGAUGAAUCAACUUGCGGAGAAAAUAAAUAUUUUGUUUGGCUUGUAGAACCAACAGAGUGUGAAAUAAACUUAGCACAUCGAUUACGCACUGAUUUUGAGAUAACUAAUAAUACUUUCGGCCUUCGGGAAGAAUUAUUAGAUUUAAAGACCCACCCAAAUAUGAUGCAAGACCUAAAGCAAUCAAAAUUACGACUUUUGUCUGGAGAUAUUGAUGAAGAAAAUAUUGCUUUAGGACUUUUGAAAGUUCGUACAAACCGUAAAAAGCAAUUAGUGGGAUUAGUUCAAGACGGUGUAAAAAUGCAUGGGGAAGAAGAAGCAACUAAAAUAUUUUUAAAUUUAUAUAAAAUUUAA